AUGGUGAAGGAGAGUCCGUUGAUUGUGCAACAAGCAUGUUUGGUGACUCCCUUAACAUUGAUAUCUACCACAAAGGUGUUUUUUCUCCUAAUCCCGUUGUUUACUUCCAUCCUCAUAAACUACCUGUUACGGGUUGGGUUAAGGGAGCUCAGGGAUGAAGAUGAUUAUGUUAGGUUCCUUGAUGCUGGGUUUGAUGAUGAUGAUAAUCAAAUUAGUAUCCACAUUGAUGACUAUCAUGAACCCUUACUAGAUUGGAUUGAAGAAGAGAAAGCUGAAGAAGGGGAUAGUGGUACUGAUACAUAUGAAUAUGAUGUGGACUUGGUAUUGUCGGAUGAUCUAUCGGUGGACCAUGAAGCUGAUGAUGAGGACAUUCAGUGA